AUGCUAAAAAGAACAACUCUAACAGAUACUCAAAAAUUUGAAUUCUGUAUUUAUGCUCGUGAUAACAAGAGAACCUGUUCAGAAUAUGAUCAAAAGCUUUCAAAUGAAGUUACAAGUCCAGAGGCUAAGCAUCAUAAAGCUGUUGCUAUUCCAGAGCUUGAGCUUGCAUUCAAGGAAUUUAUACUAAUAUAUCAGAAUCGUACUAUCCUAAGUGAUGCUAUGAUAGUUGAAAAGACCAAAUUGUUAGCAGAGGAACUUGGUGUUUCUGAAGGCAAGUUGCAUUUUUUAGCCAGGUGGCUUCAAAAAUUUAAAGAACAAAAUGAGAUCCGUCAAAUAAAGCUUUAUGAAGAAGCAUCAUCCAUCGAUAAGGACAUUGUCACUGAAUCUUUACCAUUGUUGCAGAAUAAAUACACUGGAUACUCUCUUGACCGCAUAUAUAAUAUAGAUAAAACAGGACUUUUUUACCGGUUGGAACUGGAUCGAACCUUAGCAACACAGCAAAUUGCAGAGUGCAAAAAGGAUAAGAAAUGUUUUUCUGUUGCAUUAUGUGCAAAUGCUGAUGAGUUUCACAAAUUAUCUCCCCUUAUAAUUGGCAAAUAUACCAAAUCAAGAUGUUUCAAAAAUAUAAAAAUUAAUAAUUUGCAUAUGACAUACAGAAAUAAUACUAAAGCUUGGAUGCUUGUGGUUCUUUUCCAAGAAUAG